ACUUUUUGACGGACGGAACGGAACCUAACCUAACCUAACCUGAUAAAGAAUUAAUGGGCGUAAAGCACCGUAAAGUGACAGAAUGGCAGUUGUUCGUCUAUGCAGACGAUAUGCAGUAGCACUUGUUUCGAAUGGUUUAAACCAGAUUUUUGAUAUGCGAGAGUUUACAGCGAUGAAUUAAUAGUUCGCGAUUGUCGUUGAACUUUAAUACAUUUUUCGGGAAAGCACCCGGCGCGGCGUCGGAGUGAUAUUUGGAUAAAUCGUCGUUUGUUUCUAUGAAAAUUUGAUCUGGUGAAAUCAGGAGAAAUGCAGGGGCAGAUAGAAAUUGGUGUGAUUCCGCACGAUUUGAGACAAGAGGAAACCAUAGUCCAGAUUGCAGAAGCGUUGGAUUCGCUUAACUCUGCCGUAGAAAGUAUAUUUGGCUGUAUAGACGAGCGGUUAUCGGAAAAUACUAAAAGAUUAGCAGGGAUAAAAAGUCGCGCCGUAAAACUUCAGGGAAGAUUGGACCACCUGCAAAACAAUCUAAGCAUGAAAGCAGUGAAGCUAUACUCUGCAGCAAAAUAUCCUUCGAAUCAUGUUUACAGAGAGUAUCCGCUGGCUCUAAAACUGCCAAUUACAAAGGAAGAUAAACCGCCGAGCGUCUAUAAGAGCCCGGUUCCCAUAGCGCAGCAGUUGAAUUCGCAAAAUAUGGUCACCGAAAAGUCAAAGGGUGGACGAUGGAAUGUCGACAUCAACAUACAAGAGAAACUACAAUUUUAUCAUGUCAAAAGUAAAACGAAUAAAGGCAAGGGCUCUGGACAUUCCAGAGCUGUUCCCGUUAGACCAACUUCUGUCAGUUCGCUACUGCUACACGACGCCAAAGACAAUCAGUAUGGAAAACUUCCCUCAAAAAGUCUGGCGUCGGCUAACGACAAGAGGGAAAUCGAAGACGCUCCUACUUCGAUAUUGCAAUCAUGGCACACCAAUGAUUUAGAAUCACCAUCAAAUUACUUCUAUGCUCCAACGUUGGGCGAAGUUCCGCAGAUAAACGUGCCUCUCACUCUCCCCGACCUGCCAGGAAUAGUCGAUGACGAACGUUUUGUCCUUGAUCUAUACAGUCAGAGUCCAAUUGCUCCAUCUUCGGUGGUAACAACACCUACUGUGAACCUGCCCUUACCACCAGCUACGUCUGGUUCUAGCCUCGAUACAACUAUGGAAUCUCAAAACAGUAGAGAAAAUGAACCUAGCCUUCCAAAUUUGAGCCUACCAAGCAUAUCGUCGGAGCAAAAUCCUCCACCGCCGCCACCUCCGGUUGAGAUCAGUAACGUAUCUCAACCGGGUCCACCACCCCCUCCUCCUCCCAAUCCCCCAGCGCAGUCUAUCUCGACACUUCAACCACCACGUUCUGCUCCUCCACCUCCUCCGCCUCCUCCUCCACUUAUUGAACCUCCAAAAUCAUCGGUUACGAAAGAAACAAAAACAAAGUCUGUUAAAUCUGUUCCAAAUGUCGAUCAGGUCGACAAUCGGUCUAGUCUAAUGGCUGCUAUACGUGACGCGGGUGGAGUUGGUAGAGCAAAAUUAAGGAACGCAGCGCGUAAGGAUGAAAAUACGGAUAAAUGGUCUUCCGCUUCUGUUGGUGGCGAUUUAAUGGCAGAUUUACACAAUAAAUUGUCACUCAGACGGAAAGGUAUUUCCGGCACAGCUACCGGCGCAUUGGGCAGAAUGUCCGCCAUGAUUCCUCCACCUCCGAAACCAAACGAGUCUGCUACUUCGGAGCGAAAUUCUGCCGCCAGUGAGCAAGAUUCGCAACCAGAUACCGACGAUUGGGAGGAAUGAUGGACUUAGAUUGCUGCUUGAAGCUUCCUUCGUCAUUGUAUAAAAACGUACAUAGAGAGUGAUAAAAUAUAUAUUCUAACGAUAAUGAUAAA